CAUUAAGUUCUCGUGUUGUGGCCAAUCACAGUUCUCCUUUCUGGUCAUCAGUCGCUCAAUGGCUGCUCUUUCCGUCCACUCAGACCCCUUUACUGAGGUUGGAGUUUCUCCUGUAAAGCCGCUGUCUCAGAGGGUGGUGCGGCAUGCCCUGGCGAUCAUGCAUCUUCUCAUCACAGAGGGGGAUCCGGUGACUACAGGGGACACAGCGCUGCAUCGGUCACUAGAUCAGCGAACCGAAGACAAGAAGUUUGCCAUUGACCAAAUCAUGAAGCUGGUUUUGGGAAUCCUGCACCUACUGAACGAGGGCCCUUCAUCUCCUGAACAGGCCAUGAACUUGUCAGAUGAAGAUUGGGCACAUCUGGAGAGAGAGCAGCGGGAACUGUACAGCGACCUCCUGACCGACAAUGAGCAGACGCUGCAGAACCUCGGGUCCUUCAAUGUAAAAACAGAGACUGUAUCGGGAAUGGAGAGAGAAGACGUUGGGAGCACAGAAACUCCUCUAAGUAAGGAGGCUGCCAGUGACCCGAAUGGAAAACUAGAUCCCUACUCUGAUCCCUCUGGGAGUCCGGUUUCUAGCCAGCCCCAUACUUUCCUGCACCCCCUAAAGGAUGGUGGCCAUUCCUUCCAUGAGUCUUCAGAUCGAACAAGUGUGUAUGGAAGUCAUUCUGCUGCCCUCUCAGGCUUCCAGAAGGCAGGUCCUAACCCCUGCAAGGAUCCCUAUGGGACCAUAUUCCCAGAUGCCUCAAGUGUCAGUCAGAACUCCAUGCUCAGCAGCUAUGGCGAGGCCUAUGCCAGCGCCACCACGGAUCACUUUGCAGUAGAAAACCUUCCCAUUAUUCAUAUCAAGCAGGAAGGUUCCCUCACUGACAUCCAGCCACAAAGUAGGCCCGUGGGCAAUGAUGAUUUCCCUGACCAUCCAUGUGGGUCCUUCAAUGUAAAAACAGAGACUGUAUCGGGAAUGGAGAGAGAAGACGUUGGGAGCACAGAAACUCCUCUAAGUAAGGAGGCUGCCAGUGACCCGAAUGGAAAACUAGAUCCCUACUCUGAUCCCUCUGGGAGUCCGGUUUCUAGCCAGCCCCAUACUUUCCUGCACCCCCUAAAGGAUGGUGGCCAUUCCUUCCAUGAGUCUUCAGAUCGAACAAGUGUGUAUGGAAGUCAUUCUGCUGCCCUCUCAGGCUUCCAGAAGGCAGGUCCUAACCCCUGCAAGGAUCCCUAUGGGACCAUAUUCCCAGACGCCUCAAGUGUCAGUCAGAACUCCAUGCUCAGCAGCUAUGGCGAGGCCUAUGCCAGCGCCACCACGGAUCACUUUGCAGUAGAAAACCUUCCCAUUAUUCAUAUCAAGCAGGAAGGUUCCCUCACUGACAUCCAGCCACAAAGUAGGCCCGUGGGCAAUGAUGAUUUCCCUGACCAUCCAUGUGGUGAGAAAUCUGUCAAAGAAGAGGGACUUCAGAGGGUUGACAACAGGACUUUCUUGGUGGCACAUGGAAGCGUCAACACAAAGCACACUUUAAAAAUUGAAAACGUAGAUGAACAAGUGAAGAUGUUUCUCAACAAGUCUGUGAAGAAACGUCCCGCAAAGAAACGUUUCCAAUGUCUGAGGUGUGAGAAGAGCUUCCACUGUCAGUCCCACCUCAUUAUGCAUCAGAGAGUCCACACCCGGGAGAGACCCUAUGUUUGUGAGUGUGGAAAGACCUUUACGCAGAGUUCUAGCUUGUUCAGACACCAGAGAGCCCAUCGGGGGGAGAGACCUUAUGUUUGCAAUGACUGUGGCAAAACCUUCACGCAGAGCUCGUACCUUCUUAUUCACCAGAGAUCUCACACAGGAGAGAGACCCUAUGCCUGUGGAUUUUGUGGCAAGUGUUUUCGUGUGAACUCUACACUUGUCAGACACCAGCGGGUUCAUAUGGGAGAAAAGCCGUAUAUAUGUAACAAGUGUGGGAAGGGUUUUAGCCAGAGCUCGUAUCUGUAUAUCCAUCAGAAGACCCACACAGAAGAACGGCCUUUUACUUGUAAUAUGUGUGGGAAAAGCUUCAAAGUGAACUCGUCUUUACUCAGACAUUGUAGAAUUCACCUAGGGGAAGCCAGUGAGUGUCCACACAGCUAAAAAGUGCACAGCUCCUUGUGUGUGACUGAACCCAUUAUGUCCACAAGGUACAGUCUAUGCCGGCGCUAAUGCAAACCUUAUCUAUAUGUCCGUUUAUGUUUGAAGUAUUUUCUAUUAGUCUUAAAAAUGACAACCAGGAAAUAUUUUUUUUUUUUUAUGAAAUACAAGGGUUGAAGGCUUGAUUGUUUGUUUUAAAUUCUGUUGUCUAUAUGGGUUUUAUUAUAAUCCAUGCUGGUCUACUGAUGGGGGUUACUGGCUCUUCUGUACCUAAAGCCCAUGAUUCGUGAUGUAUUUUUUUUCCCCCUGAAAUCUAGGACAGAAGAGUUUGUCAAAAUAAUCCAUGGACUUCAGGUACAGGUGUGUAAAAUGAGCCGUAGUUUGGAUGUCCAGACAUUUAUUUUUACUAAUUAAUAUAGUGCUGACACAUUGUGCAGUGCUGUACAGAGUUUGAGACCAUUCACAUUGGUCUCUAUCCCCAUUGGAGCUCCUAAUCUGUUUUGUUUUUCUCACAAAUUCUAAAAACAUACUAAAAGCCUGAGUGUUCAGAGGAAACGCAAAUCUGCAAAGUAACAGCUGAUGAUUGGGCCACGGUGCCAGGGCUUGUGAUACUUGUGGUCCGUAUUAUUGGCAUCUUAGUGUAUUAACUCCACCAUAUAAAAUAUCAGUGAAAUGUGUAGUGAAACUACUUGGAUGUAUCUAAACUCAGACUUCUUAUAUAGGAAAGCACAAAACACGGAAAAAUAUAAAAACUUACCAGGAACAAAACAUAAAAAUAACAAUGGCAGGAUUUGAUAAAUGGCCCUUUGUUCAGUGUAACGUAAAGGACAAGAUCAGAAUAACCUGUGAUGAGAUCUGAGCUUCCCUUGCCUCCAUCUUGUCUGUGUCACAUGGGGUUAUCAGUCUGUGAGUGGCGGCUUAGAUGCAUGAAAGACUAGUGAUGGUAAAGCCAAGAAAGCAAUGAGCAGAGCAGAAUCGCUAUUGUCACGGAACACAAGACGAUCUCCAAAGACCUCGGCAUCCCAGCUUCAACUACUAAAAAUCUUAUCAGCUAUUUCUACUCAGGGAUCAGUCUAGAACCUUCCAGGAUGUGGUUCAAAGAUAAAUUUCAUAAGAAAACCCAAAAGGUACUGCUUAAAAAAACAAAACUUCAGGCUACACUGGAGACGUCUGGUGUGAUGGCUUUAACCCGUACUAUACGCUGCACAGUAUGGGAGGAGAAGGACUUCACCACUGAAAUAAGAGCCACACAACUCUGCCCAAAGUUAUAGACCACAAUCCAUCUGGGAAACCAAACUAGAGCUCUUUAGUGAGGAAUAAAGACCUAUAAAGAAAAGUACUGUGUACCAACAGUGAGACAUGGUGGAGAUCUAUGUGAUGGCGGCUCAAGAGGUUUGAACAUGUUACAGAAACAAUGAAAUCUGAAGAGUAUUGGGGAUUUUAGAGCUAAAUAUGCACCUAAAUGUAAGCGAACUAGUGAGCUGAACAACACGGGCCCUACAGCAAAGGCCGAAGCGACAUCUAAAAAUAGACAAGAAUGGUGAAUGACAAACGGAUUGCUUAUACUGGCGAAAAUAAGUCCAGAGCUCCAUUGUCGAACC